AGGCACAAUUUUCCGCCUCUCACUCUCCUUCUUUGCUGGGAAAUUGAAAUCUAAAUGCCACUUCAGACGGCCUUGAUUUUGAUUUGUAGAGGUGCGCUGGAAUGAAUCCCUGCUAAUUUCCGUUACAUAAGUCUGGAAGUUUAAGUAGGAAGUGUAAAAAGUAGGGUAUAUUUAAUAGGUUCAAUAGGAUAAAAGGAGCCUUCAGUCAAAAAUUUCUACUAGAGACACUGGAACAGGCUCAAACUGAAUGAAUCUAGCUAAACAUAGGUACAAUGGCAUCAACAAAAGUCAUGGCUUUUCAGCCGAGCCUCUGAGGAGUUGCAAACGACAGCACCUGCAGUGGUGAUUUGUCUGAUACAGCUUCUAUUUAGCAUUUCUCACAAGUUUGAGCACAGUCAAGAGCUGAUCUGAGGAUAUUUCAAGCAAUAAGCAUGGAAGUAGCUGAUACUUCUGUGCCAGGGAAUGUCCACUCUGAGAAACUUCAAAAGGAGCUGGCGCGGAUGGCCAAGGUCCGCGAGGUGCUGGCCGCCUCCGACCAGCUGACGCAUGGCAUGACCAGCAUUCUGGACUCGUUCGAACGGCGGCUGGCCAGUCUGGAGCAGACUGUGCUGCCCGUCUACCACGAGACAGGCAACCUGCAGCGGCGCAAACAAAAUAUUGAGAAGACGCUCAGCCGAUUUGAUCACGUUAUAUCCUACUAUAACGUCAGCAAAGAGGUGGACCCAAUUAUCAGAAAUGGUCCGGGCGCCACCAACACGGAGACGUACCUGAUGGCCAUGGCGCGCCUGCAGGAUGCGCUCACCUUCUUCCAGUCCAACAACUCGCAGUCGGUCGAGCUGGAGAACGUGAUGUUGCUCUUCACCAGCGGUAUGGAGCUGUUGAACAAGGAGUUCAACGACCUGGUGUCCAAGUACAGCAAGCAGCUGCAGCCGGUGGCGGUGCUGGACCUGCUGGACCGCGACGACGGGCAGGGACCGCCGUCAGAAACGUACACAUUCGACAUUCCCGAGAACGUAAUGGUGGACGUGCGGCUGAUCGCCAACUGGCUGUCCAACCACAACAGUGACGGCUACAUGACCACGUACGCCCGUCUGCGCGCCGGCAUACUGGUCAGAACGAUCCAGGCGCUGCAGAAACACCACAAAUCGCGCAGUAACGCCAGCGCCAAAUCGAGCGACACACAGUCUCCGGCCGCACUCAGUCAGCUGUCGCGGUCUCGGGCCGACCUGACGCCGACGGGCGCGGCCCGCUCGUCGCGCGCGCCGCGCCGCAUCGCCAGCCGACUGGAGAAGAAGGCCAACCGGAUGCUGCAGCGCGCGCACAAGUCGCUGGCGCAGGCCGGCGUCCAGUUGGGAUCGGGCACGCCGCGCUCCCAGCUCGACCACCUAGAAGACCUGAUUGACGAGCACGAGGUGGAGGCCUACCUGACGACCACGUCCGCCCUGCUGCGGCUCUUCAGCUACGAGCUCACGCAGCUGACGCCGCUGGUGCCGCAGAACCAGCUGAAGAAGGUCUUCCAGACCAUCAUCCAGGACGCCCUGGACCUGGUGGUCAAGGACGGGGAGGCGAUGGCCGGCAAGGCGCGGCGCAGUAUCGCGCGCCAGGACUUUGCGCCCGUGCUGAACCUGUUCCCGCUGGUGUCGCACCUGAUGGCGAUGCGCGGCGAGUUCGAGCGCUCGCUGCAGGGCUGCGACCCGUCCGUACGCAACCGGAUCUCGGGCAUCAUUGACGUGCUCCACCAAACGUGCGUCAAGUCUCUGGACGACUUUAUGGAGUGGGUGCUGAACGACCCGGACCGACAGCUGCCGCGGGACGGCACCGUCCACCAGCGCACCUCCAACGUCAUCAUGUUCUGCGACCAGCUGGUCGAGUAUACGGACACGGUCGGCUGGAUGCUCUGCCAGCACUCCAACUACGACAUUGUGACCACGUCCAAGGUGGACAAGAACAAGGCGCUGCUCGGCGUCUACAUCAAGAAGGUGCUGAACGCACUGAGCCAGUCGCUGCUCGCCACUUCCGAACAGUAUAGCGACCCGUACCUGCGCUCCGUGUUUCGGCUCAACAACUACCACUACGUCCUCAAGUGCACGCAGCACUCUGGUCUGCUGGACCUGGUGUCGCUCUCUGAGCCCACUGCCGAGGCCACCUACAACAGCCUCAUCAUGGAACAGAAGCGGCUCUACUCGCAGAGCUGGAGUCGCGUGCUGCAGGCCAUGACGUUCGCAGAGGACAUCCCCUCCUUCCGUCUGGACAUCGACAAACUCUCCGACAAGGAGAAACAGACCAUCAAGGAAAAGUUUGCAACGUUCAACCGUGAGAUGGAGGAGCUGUGUAAGGUUCAGCGCGAGUACUCGCUGCCUGACGUGCAGCUCAGGGAGUCGCUCAAACGCGACAACAAGGAGUUCGUGCUGCCCAAGUACACCAGCUUCUACGACAAGUACGGCAGCGUAACGUUCUCCAAGAACAAGGACAAGUACGUCAAGUACACGCCGGCCCAAAUAUCGGCCAUGAUCGACAGCUUCUUCGACACGGCGGCGUAGCCGGUCGGUCUCGGCGCGAGGCCCGAUGUCAGGGGGUGGGACGUGUUACCUACUGAUAGGACCGGCUCGUGACGGCACACUGAGUGACUGCUGUGAUGAUGGACCGUGAUAGCUGUGGACGGUACUGCGAAAAUGAAGACAUGCCUUCACUCAUUCGUGGCAUCUCGGAGGAUUUACGGAUUUCUUGCUAUUAUGGUUCCCGGCUGGGGAAAUGCCACGGCUGGAUUAUUACCUUUCUAGUACUCGCUCUUCUCUAUCGCCACACUGGAUAAGUUACUUCGGUUGACAUUUUAUGCUCUCAAUUUUGGAGAAGCUAUUUUUAUAGACUUGGUGACCACCAAUCAAUUGCAUAUUAUGUUACCUUGUUACGUAUUCCAGUAACCUUGUUACGUAUUACAGUCUUCCUGUAGGCUGUAUUGCGAGAGAAUGCUGUGUUGUAUCAUGUUGAUGGGUUAUGCGCAUGUAGUAAGGCCACUGAUGUGUAUGAUGAAACUAGUAUUGCCCACUGUUUUCUUUGGAUAUCACGCUAUAAUUUACUGCUUAUACUGCUGUAGUCUUAUUGAAUACAAUAUUAUCGUGUG